UCUCGGGGCAGGUGAUGACGGCGGUUGCCCUGGCGUGUCGCCGAGCGGUGCUGGAGGCGGAUGCGCGGCUGGUGGAGGCGCAGUACCUGUGCCAGCUGACCGCCAGCGCUGAGGCCCUGAGCGGCAUGUACGCGGUGCUGGGGCGGCGGCGGGCGCGCAUCCUGAGGGAGGAGAUGCGCGAGGGGAGCGACACGUUCCUGGUGAGCUGCUACCUGCCAGCGGAGGCCUCCUUCGGCCUGGCGGAUGAAAUGCGGCGGCGCAGCAGCGGGGCGGCAUCAGCCUCGCUCAUGCUCAGCCACUGGGAGAGGCUGCAGGUGGACCCCUUCUUUUCCCCCACAACGGAGGAGGAGCGCGAGGAGCAUGGCGAGGACGCUUCGGGGCUCACCAACCUGGCGCGCCGGCUCAUUGACGCGGUGCGGAGGAGGAAGGGUCUGCCGGUGGAGGAGAAGGUGGUGCAGCGGGCAACCAAGCAACGCACACUCAAGCGCAACGUCUGAGGGGGUGUGAAUGAAGAAGAAGGCAUACCAUGCUGUGAACUGUGUGAUGGAGAGGGAGAGAGGGGAGAGGGGGUAGCCAUGUGAGGUGGUGAGUGUUUGCUGGGGGUUGGGUUAGCGGGGGCAGCGGAAGCAGCGGAAGAUAAGCAGGGGUGGGGUGCGAGCGAGGCUGGGGAUGAAGUGUAAAUGGCUAGUGUUGAAAAACAUGGCACUGACUAGGCCAUGGUGAAAGGGCGGGGUGGCUUCUGAAUAGGCGGGCGGAUGAGGCUGGAAAGGGUGGUACUCGGCACUCAAGGGUUGCUAGGGGCUGCGUGACAGGACCGAAGUGAAUGCUGGUCGUGCAUGCGCAAAGAGCGCCUGGCAGGGAUGAGAGGAAUGUGAACAGUAUGGAAAGAAGGGUGGAGGUUGGUGACGUACGAAUGUUUGGAGGCUUUCAGUUAUGCCGCUGAGUGUAGCGGUGCGUGUGAUGAGACGGCCCUGCGGCGAGCCUUGCUGCCUGGGUAACCACGUACCACUGCUUGGGUAGGCUUUGCCCUUACAUCCACGCCCUCUGAGGUGUUUCCUUAUGUGCAUGCAUACAUGUUACUAGCGUGACGCUGGAUGCUCGGCUCUAUUACGGAUUAGGAGCGACGAGGAUGACACGCUUGUUGAUGGUGCCAGGGUUAAGAGAUGGCGCCAUGGCGCGCCGUCACUCUGUAGGAAAUGGUGCAGGAAGCAACGUGUAAGCAUUUGGUAUCAA